AUGGGAAAGAGAACGCUCUCGUGUGUGCUCCAUCUCCAUCAGCCGAUGUUUGUAGAUGGGACGAUCAAUGGGGCUGUAAACAACGGAACAAUCGGAAGAGUUGGAAAUAUAAAUGGGUUCAUUGCUAGAUCAUCCGAAUCAAAAAGAGAUCGGGAAAAUCCUUCCGAACGACAAUCAUUCAAUCUGUUUUUGCGGAAAUCGGAAAUUGAACAAGAUAUUUCCAACGAAACGGGCAACGAGACCGAUCAUGAAUUACAAGAUGAUGUCGAAUUCUUGCAAAUCGUGAUGCCCGAAUCACUACUGAGCUUGCCAAUCGUGAUGCCAGACUCGUAG